AUGAUAUCCUUUGGACCCUUAUUAGCAAAUAUUAAUGUUAAGUCUAUGUCAGGUUUUUCUAAUAGCAAAUAUUGUAAAACCGAGAAAACUGGUGUAAUGCCAAUUCCACCGGCAAUUAAAUCAAUAUUUUUAGGUAAUUUCUCGAUAGCAACGUUAUGGAUUGGAAGAGAACCUCUGAAUGUUACUUUUUGA